AUGGAGACUGAGUCAAUGAAAUAUCGCUACCUUGGAAGGUCAGGGCUUAAAGUUUCUGUCGUUAUUCUCCCUUUAAAUUGGAAAAAAAUCCUGUUCCCAUUCAAAGAAUAGUUAAUUUUUUUUUAUUUUAUUUUUCUCUAUAAAAAAUUAUAAAAAUGUUUUAAUUAAAAAAAUAUAAAUUCAAUUCAAUUUUUGAAUUUUAAUUUAUUUUUAUAAAGAAUUAAUUCAAAAAUUAUCGAUGCAGCGUUAAAACUGUUCAAUAAUAUUCUAAUUGCAUUUUUUCGAUUGAAUUCGGUUAAAGCAAAUUUUAUAAAAAUUAAUAAUAUUUUUCUAUUGAAAAAAAAAUUUGCUCAGCAAAAAAUGGAAAUUUACCUAAUUUUGUUCUAAUUUAAAGGAGGAAAAUUUAGUUUUGGAAAUAUGACUAGUGGAUGGGCCGAUGGAACUGAAGAAUGGAACUUCCAAUGUGUUGAUAAAUGCAUCAGAAGAGGAGUUAAUUUUUUUGACACAGCUGAAUUCUAUGGCUUUGGAAUAGCUGAAACAAUCCUUGGAAGAAACAUAAAGCAAGGAGGUUAUGAUAGAGACGAUCUGAUAAUCACAACUAAGUUUUUCCCUUCAAACUUUGGAAUUCAAGGUCUCAGCCGCAAAAGACUAAGACAAGCCAUUGAUCAUUCUUUAGAAAGAAUGCAGCUUGACUAUGUUGAUGUAAUUUACCUUCACAGAUUUGAUGCUGAAGUCCCUCUUGAGGAAACCAUUAGAAUUGCUAAUGAAAUUAUCGACAACGAUAAAGCAUUCUAUUGGGGAACUUCUAAUUUCACCCCACAGCAAAUUUCUGAAUGUUUCACAAUUUGUGAAAAGCAUGGAUGGAUUCCACCGAUCGUUGAACAGUGCGAAUAUCAUAUGUUUAGAAGAGACAUUAUUGAGAGAGAUUAUGUACCUUUAUUUGAUCAAUAUGGUUUAGGGACUACAGUUUGGUCGCCUUUAGCUGGAGGUCUUUUAUCUGGGAAAUAUAAUGAUGGAAAUAUUCCUCCUGGGAGACUUGAAAGCAGCCCAUUUGCUCCAAUGCUAAAACAAUAUUGGGAUAAAUAUAUUGGAAGCAGGAAGGAAGCAGCGUUAAGGACUCUGAAUGGAUUAAAAGCUAUUGCAGAUGAGCUGGGAUGUACUCAAGCACAACUUGCGCUUGCGUGGGUAAUUAAAAAUCCUGAUGUUUCUACUGCUAUUAUGGGAGCUAGUGCUCCUCAUCAUCUUGAAGAUAAUAUUAAUUCAGUUGAUGUCUUAGACAAAUUGUCGCCAGAGAUUUUGGCAAGAAUUGAAGAGCUGCUUGAGAAUAGACCAGCUCCAUCAAUGCACUGGAGAACUUUUACACCAAAUCCUCCAAGGAGAUAA